AUGCCUCCCCCGGAAGAACGCGAGGCCAGAUCAAGCAGGAGACGCGAUGCUGAUGGGGCUGGCUACGACACGGGGGAACCCCGCCGCCGCCGCGACGAUGACGACCGAAGGGACAGCCGGAAAGCCUCUGACCGCGAGCGGCGGAGAUCGCGCGACCGGCGCCGCUCGCGCACGCCGGAGGAUCCCGCAAGGUCCCGCCGACGCCACAGGAGCUCGGACAGGCACCGUCAGCGCAGUCGCGAGGGCACCCGUGACAGGAGCAAAGACCGCGAUGGCAAGAGCGGAAGGAGAAGGCGAUCUCGGGACGACAAGGACUCCAGACGUUCGAGGCGGCACGCAGACGACGCAGACUCAGACCCGCAAAAGGACCGCAAGAGCCUCGUGAAGCACCGAGGCCCGCUGCCCUCGCAAGACGCUUCCUUCGCCAUCGAUCAAGGCGAGGAGCCCGAGAAGCCCAAGGAGAAGCCCAACUACGGCUCCACGGGCGUGCUGGCGGCCAUGUCCAACUCGGUGGCGCAGGCGGACGGCACGUCCAUCACCCUCAAGUACCACGAGCCCUCGGAGGCGCGCAAGCCCCCGCCGAGAGACCAGUGGAAGCUCUACGUCUUCAAGGGCAGCGACAUUGUCGACACGAUAGAUCUGGGCCUCAAAAGCUGCUGGCUCGUGGGGCGGGACGCCGCAGUCGUCGACCUGCUGGCCGAGCAUCCGAGCAUCAGCAAGCAGCACGCCGUCGUGCAGUUCCGGUACACGGAGAAGAGGAACGAAUUUGGCGACCGCAUUGGCAAGGUGAAGCCGUACCUUCUGGAUCUCGAGAGCGCCAACGGCACGUCGCUCAACGACAGCCGGAUUCCCGACAGCCGGUACCUGGAGCUCAGGGACAAGGACAUGGUUCGGUUCGGCGACAGCACCCGCGAGUACGUGGUGAUGCUGGCCCCCAAGGAAUAG